AUGAAGUUCUCUUCUGCUCUCAUCGCUGUUUUCGCUACACUUGUCUCUACAGUUUCAUCACACACCACUAUCUCAUUUCCUCCACCAAGAGGACAUCCAUUAAAUGAAAAUGCAGCUGUCCAAGAUUUUGAAUGUAUUUCGGCACCAUUAAAUGGUGGUUCAGGAUGUGCUCCCAAAAAAUUUCCAUGUGGAGGUUAUCCAAAAGAUAAAAAGAUCGUUACAACUUUUAAUGCCGGUGAAGUUUUUGAGGUCAAAUUUUUUAAUCAAAACUUUCCUGAAUUGAAAGACGAGGAUAAACAAAAUGAUCAAGCAAGGCAUAACGGUGGUAUUUGUGAAUUUGCCUUAUCUUAUGAUGGUGGUGAAUCUUAUACUGUCAUCGCUACUUAUAAAAAAACUUGUCCUGAUAUCUUUUUCGACGGUUGGAAAGUUAAGAUCCCGGAAAAUGCUCCUUCUUGUGAUAGUCCUGGGGAUUGUAUCUUUUCUUGGAGUUGGGUUAAUGCUUUAGGAAAUAGAGAAUUUUAUCAAAAUUGUGCUGAUAUUAAAAUUGUAGGAAAUGCCACGGAACCUUUACCUAUCAUUGAUAUUACAAGAGCAAAUUUACCUCCUCUUUUCGAGAAAAUUUUAACUCCUGAAGGUGAUGAUUCUAAUAAUGGUAAUGCUAUCGGUUCCGGUCCAAGAAAAGAAGAUGUUGAAGCUAAUUUGGCUUUAAAGAUUGGCGAUGGAAAAAACAAAAGUCCUCCAAAAGAUGAUGAAAAUCCCAAAGAACCAAAAGAUGAUGAAAAUCCCAAAGAACCAAAAGAUGAUGAAAAUCCCAAAGAACCCAAAGAUGAUGAAAAUCCCAAAGAACCCAAAGAUGAAAAUCCCAAAGAACCCAAAGAUGAUGAAAAUCCCAAAGAACCCAAAGAUGAUGAAAAUCCCAAAGAACCCAAUGAUGAUGAAAAUCCCAAGGAACCCAAAGAUGAAAAUCCCAAAGAACCCAAUGAUGAUGAAAAUCCCAAGGAACCCAAAGAUGAUGAAAAUCCCAAGGAACCCAAAGAUGAAAAUCCCAAAGAACCCAAAGAAGAUGUUGGCAAAACUCCCGAAAAAAUUCCAUGUAGCGAAAAUGGUAUAAUGGUCUGUGGUAAAGAAGGUGAAAGUGGUGAAUUCCUUACAUGUGAUAAUGGUAAAAUGGUUUCAAGAACUUGUCCCGGAAUUCUAAUCUGUAAGCAAAAUGAUAAAUCAAUCGUAUGUGAUUUUCUAAAGAGAAGAUAA